AUGUACAUCUACGUCAAGAACCCGACUGGUAGGACGAUCCGUCUCAAGGUGAGCGCAUCCGACACCCUGUGCACUGUCAAGGCUAAGAUCCAGGAUCAGUAUCGCCUCGUCUUCGACGGGGUGCAGCUAGAGGACAAGCUCACACUGGAAGAUCAUGGCAUCGACCAUGGAUCCAUGCUCGAGCUCCAGGAGAAGAUGCAGAUAUUCGUGACGGAGAUGCCGGCUGACAAGACCAUGGCCCUUGAGGUUGACAGCCACGACACCAUUGGCAGUGUCAAGGCCAAGAUCGAGUACAUGGAGGGGUUUCCCAAGGGCCGGCAGUGCCUCAUCUUCGCCAACAAACGUCUGCACGAUGACAACCUCACCUUGGCUGACAACAACAUUGAGAAGGAGUCCACCCUCCUCCUCCUCCUCCAACCAUGCCGUCCAACAGGUGAUAUGAAUAUGAUGCGCAUCUUCGUGAUGAAGAUGUCAGGGAACAAAAUUGCUCUUGAUGUUGGGCGCUCGGAGACCAUCGACGGUGUCAAGAUGAAGAUCUACGAGAAGGAUGGCACUCGCCCGAUACAGUAUCGCCUCCUAUUUGAGGGCAUGACGCUAGAGAAUGGCUACAACCUGGAACACUACGGCAUUGAGGAGGAGGAUAUCCUUGAUGUGAUGAUCUGCCUUUGUGGUUGCUGA